UAUUACAUUCCAAUAGCGGAAGCAAAAUGGCGUCUCUCGGGUCGCCGAUUCGCACUUUCCGUGGUUUAUUGAAGGAGCUCCGUUACGCUCUUGGAGGGAGUGAUGUCUCCUACCGAAACAAGGCAGCAUAUCGUUACUUGAAGGAAGCUUUCCGCUGCCAUCGGGUAACCAGUGAAAAACUCUGCAAAGCCCAGCAUGACUUACAUUUUCAGGCUGCUACUUAUCUCUGUCUUCUGCAUAGUAUCCGGGAACACUUAGUACUACAUAAGGAAUAUCAUGGCAAAGGAGAACGAUCACCAGACAUAGUGGCAGGACUUGUAGGAUUUAAACUACCACAACAGCCUGGAGGAAAGGGAUGGGAACCAUAAAUGUGGUUUAACUAUUUCAUAAGAAUUUUUGAGCUGUAUUUUUUUUUCAAAAUGGUCUGUUUAAAUAAAAAUGCUUGUAUGACA